AUGGUUGACGGUAAUAUUUAUUUUGUUGCUGGGUCUGAAAGAAAUAUUUCUUUUAUUGUAUCAACUGGCUCUAAUAUACAAUUUGGAAAUACAAAUAUAAUGAAUUUACCUAAUUCGACGGAAGUUGCUGCAGUACGUAAUUUACUUUUAAAUGCUCAAGAACGUAUGCUUGGAUUCGAGAAUACUUUACAAACAUCUAAUUUAGAGUGGCAAAAUAAAAUAAAUGAAUUACUUCAAAAGCAUUCAUUAUUAACUAAACAAAUUUCGGCACAAGUAAAUGACACUUAUCAAAGGGCUCGAACCAAUAGACGGGCUCGUUUGCUUAUUUUAAAGCUUACAAAGCAAAUAGAACGCCUUUUCAAGCUUAUGGCUACAGAUGAAUGUUUAAUAGGUGGUGCUGAUAAUUGUAAAAAUGGAGGUGUGUUUAUUGGAGGGAAUAGAACAAGAUUAUAUAAAAUUUUUAUAGGGACUUGUAUUGAUGGCUUUGGUAAAUUUCAAUGUCUUUGUCCCGCACAUUUUCAGGGAAAGCAUUGUGAAAUACGUGUUGAUGAAUGUGCCAUUUAUAGCGGGACAGCAAUUGGCUGUCAAAACGGUGCUAAAUGUACAAAUAAUCCUAAAAUAGCAGGGUUUACUUGUAAUUGUACAGCUGGAUGGCAUGGACUUCUUUGUGAACAUAAAGAGAAUACUUGUGACGGUGCCGACGAUAUUUGUGGCACUCAUGGGCAUUGUAUUCCGAGUCGGAGCAGUCAGUCUGCCAUUGGAUAUCGAUGUAUUUGUGAUCCGGGUUUUAAACAAGGAAAUGGUUUACAUUGUUUGGAUUUUGAUGAAUGUGCAAAUGAUUUAACAAACGAAUGUUCUAAACAACCACCAGUUGAAUGUAUAAACAUUCAUGGAAGUUAUAAAUGUGGAGAAUGCCCAACUGGAUAUUUGUCAAAAGGAGAGAAACAAGGCCAAAUUUGUCAAAAAAUUGAUAUUUGCAAUAACCCCCAAUUAAUUAAUGGAGGUUGUUCUCCAUUAGCUAAAUGUGUUAAUGAACCUGAAUUUCGUUGUAUUUGCCCUAUGAGAAUGACUGGAAAUGGAAUUGGGCCAGAUGGAUGUGAAAAUCCAAAAAUAAAUGGAACUGAUGAAGAAAAUUUGUGUUUAGAGAAUAAUAAAUAUUGUUUAAAUGGAGGGACUUGUCAAGCGAUUUCUUCAACAAAAUUUAGGUGUUUAUGUCCAGAAACACAUUAUGGGGGUCAUUGCGAACAUCCAAACCCUUGUCUUUCACGACAAUUUUGUUCUGGUCAUGGACGGUGCCAAAAAGAUCCUUUGGGGUGUAUUUGCUUUAAAGGCUUUUAUGGGCCACGUUGUCAAUUUCAGGAAGAUGGAUGUGGUUUUCAUACUUCGAAUGAGACGGGAGAAUUAAUUUAUGAACGGACUGCCCCUAGUCCAUUGUUCGAUAGAUGGACUUGUACUUGGCAUAUAGAAAUGUUUGACACUAGAAAAGUUUUACAAAUAAACUUUCUCAAUCUGACAGCUCCUCAUUUAUUUGAAGUUACAUCAAAGGGAUGUGAAAACGCUUUUGUUACCUUAACUAUUUUUGAUGGCGCUGAUCCAUUACAAAGCCCUACACUUGCUUCUACACAAAUUGUAAAUAUGUGUCAUGGAGAGGAUUUUGAAACGCCCUUUAAACACCCACUUUUUACUUCAACUAAUAAAGCAGUUAUUCGUUUAAGCAGUCGAAUUCAAGGUCGAAGUACUUUUUUACAUCUAAAUUGGACAGCUAAAAAGCCAAGUAUAAGUUCUUAG